GUGAUGUCACAAAGCCCUCACCAUGCUCCUGGCCUUGGCGCUGCUGUACUGCCUGGGCAGUCCCGGGGGCUGGGGCUGCCUGCAAUGCGAUCAGUCGGUGCUGGUUGCGCUCAGCCAGCUGCGCGCGGCCAUCAUCCCCAAGCGCUUCCACGUGGAAGGCUUGCAGGCCCGCGCGCAGGCCCUGCUGCUGGGCAUGGAGGGGCCCUUCUUCAGGGACUACGCCAUGAACGCCUUCGUAGGGAAAGUGGGCUUGGAUCAACUGGAGAACCUGGCGAUCUCCUUCAAGAACCAUACCCUGUACAUAAAGGUUAACUCUAUGACAGAUGAUGCUCUGCUGGAAGAGCUGGUGAACCUCAGGGAGCAUGCCAUCAAGGAACUAAAGAAAGCGCUAAAAGCCUAUGAAGAAAAAGCCUGUGACCACAAAAUUUGUCGCAUGCUCAAAGAGGAGGUCCUGGACUGUUUACAUUGCAAGAAAAUCACCCCCAAAUGCAUCAGAGAGAAGUACUGCUAUGAAUGUCUGGCAGACUCUUCUGUGAAACAGGAACCCUGAAGGACUGUCCUGCCUUGUUUUGGCAAAGUUCAUCAGUCACUUUCCUGUGGGUCCUGCGUGUCCAGUCUGCACAGCACACAGUCAAGCAGUCAAGGAAAAAGCAGUUUCUUGCCCAAAUGGCUAACCUUGCCACAAUGAAAGUGAACUCCUAUGGAGUUUCUUCAAUGUAAACCAUCUAUUUAUGAAGUAAAUUGGUGCUGCCAGGA